AGCGAGGGGCGUGGCCCUGCGGUGGGUGCGCGCUGCGGGCGGGGCGGAGGAUGGACGCUGGAGCGCUCGCUGCAACGAUUGAGGCUGCGGGUGAGAAGGUGGCGGUGUAGGCACCUGGGCGAGGGGGAGGCCGGUGGCGGCCGGGUCAUGGCGGGAGACCCUCUCCUCUGGACUCUCUGAAGUGUCCUCCCUGAAGUUCUGGGGAGCCCGGUCCCAUGGGCUCGCUGAGCAGCCGAGUGCUGCGCCACCCGGGGCGAGCCCGACCCCCGCAGGAGCCGGGUCCCGGGGUGGGGGGCUCGGCUCGGCGGCCUGAGGCUGGCGGCGACGCGGCGGGCCCGGGUUUCUGUUACUGCCCGGGCAGCCGCAAACGCAAGCGGAGCAGCGGGGCCUUCUGCUACUGUCACCCCGACUCCGAAACAGACGAAGAUGAGGAGGAAGGCGACGAGCAGCAGCGGCUCCUCAACACCCCUCGAAGGAAAAAAUUAAAGAGUACAUCCAAAUAUAUUUAUCAAACAUUGUUUUUGAAUGGUGAAAAUAGUGACAUAAAGAUUUGUGCUCUAGGAGAAGAGUGGAGCUUACAUAAAAUAUAUUUAUGUCAAUCAGGCUACUUCUCUAGUAUGUUCAGUGGUUCUUGGAAAGAAUCCAGCAUGAAUAUUAUUGAACUGGAGAUUCCUGACCAGAAUAUUGAUAUAGAAGCACUGCAAGUUGCUUUUGGGUCACUGUAUCGAGAUGACGUCUUAAUAAAGCCCAGUCGAGUCACUGCCAUUUUGGCAGCAGCUUGUAUGCUGCAGUUGGAUGGUUUAAUACAACAAUGUGGUGAGACAAUGAAGGAAACAGUUAAUGUGAAAACUGUAUGUGGCUAUUACACAUCAGCAGGGACCUAUGGAUUAGAUUCUGUAAAGAAAAAAUGCCUUGAAUGGCUUCUAAACAAUUUGAUGACUCAUCAGAAUGUUGAACUUUUUAAAGAGCUCAGUAUAAACGUCAUGAAACAGCUCAUUGGUUCCUCUAACUUAUUUGUGAUGCAAGUGGAGAUGGAUGUAUACACAGCUCUAAAAAAGUGGAUGUUCCUUCAACUUGUGCCUUCUUGGAAUGGAUCUUUAAAACAGCUUUUGACAGAAACAGAUGUCUGGUUUUCUAAGUGGAAAAAGGAUUUUGAAGAUGUGGCCUUCCUUGAAACUGAACAAGGAAAACCAUUUAUGUCAAUAUUUAGGCAUUUAAGGUUACAGUAUAUUAUUAGUGAUCUGGCUUCUGCAAGAAUUAUUGAACAAGAUUCUUUAGUACCUUCAGAAUGGCUAUCUUCCGUGUAUAAACAGCAGUGGCUUGCUAUGCUGCGGGCAGAACAGGACAGUGAAGUAGGGCCUCAAGAAAUCAAUAAAGAAGAACUAGAGGGAAAUAGCAUGAGGUGUGGUAGAAAACUUGCCAAAGAUGGUGAAUACUGCUGGCGGUGGACAGGUUUUAACUUCGGCUUUGACCUACUUGUAACUUAUACCAAUCGGUACAUCAUUUUCAAACGCAAUACACUGAAUCAGCCAUGUAGUGGAUCUGUCAGUUUACAACCUCGAAGGAGCAUAGCAUUUAGACUUCGUUUGGCUUCUUUUGAUAGUAGUGGAAAACUGAUAUGUAGUAGAACAACUGGCUAUCAAAUACUUACACUUGAAAAGGAUCAGGAACAAGUGGUGAUGAAUUUGGACAGCAGGCUUCUGAUCUUCCCUUUGUAUAUCUGCUGUAACUUCUUGUAUAUGUCACCAGAAAAAAGAACUGAAAAUAAUCAUCACCCAGAAAAUCCAGAAAACUGAGGAUCUCCCAUUGGAAACAGCAGCACUUUGAAAACUUUUUAGGCUCGUUUUUACGGCCCUACUGAUAUUCAUGUCUAAGGUGACUAAUAAUGACACAGGCCUUAUGAACUGUACAGACAAUACAGAAGAUGUUUCUUACCCUCAUUACAUUUCUAUGCAUAUGUGCAAAAGAAUUUUAAAGCCAAGAAAAUAUCUGUCAAACCAUGCAAGUUGUCAUCUCAUGCUUUUAAUUUAGCAUUAGAAGAAAAUUGCUGUAGGUGAAUUUCACAUUCUUUGCAACAGAAUACAUAAGCUUAAGUUUUGAUCCUGCCUAAUGUUAGUGAAUUUCAUCUAUCUGUGAAUUUAUUUUUAAUUUGCUAAAAAGAAUGCUAAAGGGAUUAUUUGAAUGGCCAACUAUAAAUGUUCUUUCAAUUGGUGCCUUU